AUGUCAGCUCAUUCCGAGCGGAUUCUAAUCACGGGCCUCGCUCCCGAGACGACGUACGGUAUGGUUGAAAGGUACUUCUCAGAGUUCGGAGCAUUAACCGAAUGUACGGUUAUGACUGACAAGGAUUCGCGUCGAUGUCGUGGUUUUGCAUUCAUCUCUUUCAUGGAAAAAUCUGUUGCUGAUGAAUGCAUGCAAGUAUCAUCGCAUUACAUAAACGCUAUGAAAGUGAAUUUACGACUUAUCGAUGAUGUGUCACAUGAUGAUGAAUUCGCAGAUGUUCCAGUGAAGAAAAUUUUGGUCUCGUUUACAGACAGAGAUAUUUCAGCACGUCAGAUUCAUGAAUAUUUCUCAAGAUUCGGUGAUGUAAAAGUCGAUUUCGAUGAAGAUGAUGAGGAUAAUCUUGGUAUUGCGUAUGUAACAUUCGAUGACGAUAUCACAUGUAAAACGUGCCUGGCCAUAAACGAGCAUCGCAUAAAUGGAUACGAUAUUGAUAUUCGUGCUUUAAUACGUAAAGAAGACCUGCUUAAGAACGAACAAUCGAAACGUGAGAAGAUGGCAUCAGAUAAUCAAUCGGAUGGUAAUAAUAGUGCUGAUGAUGAAUACAAUCAUCAUCAUAAUCAUUUAAAACGAUCUCAUUCAUCAACCGAUUACAAUCCGCAGCAAAUGACUAGCUAUACGAAUGUGAAUUCGGUGCAACCAGCACCUCUAUAUAACAAUGAUUAUUGCAAUGAUAUUACGGGUAAUACGCAUGUUCGACCCUUUGCUAAUUAUUGCGAUGAUUACGGCAAUAAUUAUAAUUAUUCUAAUAUGAAUGUUCAUUCCGAAGCAGUGAUAAGGCAAGCCAGUCGAAUGUAUCCGUCAUAUCAGAGUGAUUAUUAUUCACACGAUUAUAAAACCAAUUCAUGUCCGACCCCAUUCCAUCCAUCAAAUCCAUAUUAUUCGCCAUCGGCUUUUAACGAUGAUGAGCAACCACCAAGAAAGCUGUUCUCCCCGCAAAACCCAUCAGCUGCCUCAUUAUCGGCUGGUUACGGCGGUUAUGUUCGAGGUUGUAGUAAUUAUUUUACAUAUCCGAAUCGUUUGAACUAUCCAACGUAA